AUGAAAAAUAUCUUGUCCUACCUUUUGAUGGCGAUGAUGUUCGUGCUGGCGCAGGCUCAGCAAGGCGACAUCCAGUGCCGCUGCAGAACACACAUCAGAAACUCGGUCGUCCAGACCGGCGGCCCCCAGCUCUGUGGCCAGAAAGGCGGCAUCCUCAGCAGCAAUAGACAGCUCUGCACCAACCUAUCGCAGAACUUUACCGACACGGACUGCCGCGCAUUCGGCGACUCCUUUUUCGCAACCUGCGGCACAGCGCGCUCGGCGAUCAAGAGGGGCAUCUACAAGCGCGAGGUCACGCCGAUACAGACGAGGCCGCGAACGGGUUGGCAGUUUGGUCGGGAGCCCUUGGGCAUCCAAAUCGUGUCCCGGCGUCCGAUCCCCGAUAGGUUCUCACGGAAGUGA